GGCCCGGAAGGCGCUGGGCUCGAACCGGGGCCGCGGCGGCUCCGCCAGGCGCUCCCCGGUGGAUCAGGAGGCGCUGCCCCGGUGACCGGAGGUCGGAGAUGGGCCGGCGCUCCUCGGACACGGAGGAGGAGGGCAGGAGCAGGAGGAAGAAGAAGCACCGCCGGCGCUCCUCCUCCAGCAGCUCCUCGGACAGCCGCGCCUACAGCCGCAAAAAGUCGGGCAGGAAAUCCAGGUCCAGGUCGCGCUCUCGGGAUCUCCCGUCCUGGUCCCAUUCCUAUGAGAAAAGGCGCAGGCACAGGUCCAGCAGCAGCUCUUCCUACGGCUCCAGGAGGAAGCGCAGCCGCUCCCGGGGCAGAGGCAAAUCCUACAGGUCCCAGAGGUCCAGGUCAAAGAGCAGGACCAGGAGGUCGCGGCAGCGCUCCUACAGCCGCAGCAGCGAGAGGUCCGGCCACAGGAGAACCCCCAGCGGGUCCCGGGAGCGCCGCAGGGCCAGGGACAAGGACAGGGACAAAGCCAAGGACAAGGGCAAAGGGAAGGAGAAGGAGAUGCACGGCGCCAAGGCUGGGGACUCUGCAAACAUCAAAGCUGGAUUAGAACAUCUGACUCCUGCUGAACAGGCCAAAGCCAGGCUGCAGCUGGUUCUGGAGGCAGCUGCCAAAGCAGACGAAGCGUUGAAGGCCAAGGAGAGAAGUGAAGAGGAAGCCAAGAGAAGAAAGGAAGAAGACCAAGCCACCCUCCUGGACCAGGUGAAGCGAGUGAAGGAGAUCGAAGCCAUCGAGAGCGACGCCUUCGUCCCGCAGACCUUCAGGUCCAGCAAAGAAGUCAAAAAGUCAGCAGAACCUCCUGAACUCCAGCAGGAGCCUGUGAAUGUGGGAGCAGGAGCCACUGAGGCAGCUGCUGCUGAGAAAGAGCCCCCGGCUGCCAGCAUUCCCACUGCCAUCAAGUACCAGGAUGACAAUUCCUUGGCACAUCCAAAUCUGUUCAUGGAGAAGGCAGAGGCUGAGGAGAAGUGGUUCCAGAGGCUGGUGGCUCUGCGCCAGGAGAGGCUGAUGGGGAGCCCCGUGGCCUGAGAGCCCCCAGGACCAUCCCAGGCCCCUUCCCACGCUUGGGGAACUCCACACUCAGCUCUUCUUGUCUCUCAGGAGAUUUGAGUGAGCUGGGCACGCAGGGAGGGUUUCACCUGGAUAACCAGGAAUCUUCUGUCCUGCUCCACCUGGAGAAUCAAGAGUGUCCUGCCCUGAUCCAUCUGGAUAACUGGGAAUCUUCUGUCCUGGUUCCCCUGGAUAAUCAGGGAUGUUCUCUCCUGGUUCCCCUGGAUAACUGGGAAUCUUCUGUCCUGGUUCCCCUGGAUAACCGGGGAUAUUCUCUCCUGGUUCCCCUGGAUAACUGGGAAUGUUCUCUCCUGGUUCCCCUGGAUGACCAGGGAUGUUCUCUCCUGGUUCCCCUGGAUGACCAGGGAUGUUCUCUCCUGGUUCCCCUGGAUAACCAGGGAUGUUCUCUCCUGGUUCCCCUGGAUAACCAGGGAUGUUCUCUCCUGGUUCCCCUGGAUGACCAGGGACGUUCUCUCCUGGUUCCUCUGACUAACCAGGGAUGUCCUGCCCUGGUUCUCUCCAAGCUCAGUGCUGGAGAUGGGCAGGGCAGCACAGCCAGGGGCAUUUCUUUUUUUUUUGGAGGGAAUUCCUCAGGUGAAGAGCACCUGGCAGCCCAUGAAAUACCAUUUUAUCCCUCCCAGCCCAGAAAAUUUCCCAGAGGCAGGCAGGAGUUGGGAGCUGGGGGCUGGGCCAGGUAGGGAUGGGUGGAUCCAUCCCAGGCCACUCCAUGGCUGCAGAGGAUCCAGGCUCCAUCCCUGCCAUCCCCUCCUCCUGGGCAGUCCUGGGCAGGCUCCUGGCUGAGGGAAUCUCUCCCUGGAUGUGCUCAUCCCUCUGCUCCCACUUCCUCACUCUGGGGGGAAAUGCUCCACCUUUCCUUGAGCAUCUGCCACUCCUGCAGCUCCAGAUGGGGAAUUUUAUCAACCUCAUCAUUGCUGUAAUUACCAAAUGAUGGAAUUACCACAGACCUGCUUCUGGGCAGGGGCUGCUCCCAGCCCAUGGAGUUCCCUUGGGCCUGGUGGGACUUUCAAAUAAUCAAAGUUUAGUCUCAACAUCUGAAUUUAGCCUGGACAAACUUCCACAAAAAUCUGCCCAUCAUCCAUCUAAGUGUAGGAAAUCAACCAAAUCACAGAAAUAAAAGACAAAAGUGUUUCUUUGGCAAAGCUGGGAGGAAAUUGUCACAUCAGGAGAGGAGAAAACUGAGCCCCACCUCUGGGUGUGCUCCCUGGAACUGCCCUGCACCAGCAUUCCCUUGGGAAGCUGCUUUUGGGGCUCUUCCUCCUGGUUCUCAAUCUGUGGUGAUAAAAAAUGGAGGCUGACUCUGCAGAUGGACUUUGGUUGUUUUGUUUUUUAUUUUAGAUCCUGGAUGUAAAAGGAAAAUGUAUUGAAUUUGCAUUCUGAUAUUUUUACUUCCUUUAUGAAGUGUUAGUUUGACUUCAUCCUGCAUCAAAAUAUUCCGAGACCUUGGCUGCAGGAAAAAGUUGGAAAAAUUUGUUUCCCUUCUUUCAUUUCAGCAUUUUUAAAUGGUAGGAUUUCUCAGUGCUGCAUUUUCUCAUCACCUUUUAUGUUUCUUUCAUAGAAAAUAAAAACUGUUUGAUGUCCAUGGAA